AUGCUUGGUGGGGGUAGCAGAAGCAGCACAAGACUUGGACAAUCAUCACGUUCAUGUCCACCCAGAAUGGUUAAAAUUUCAGCUGAGCCUUCUUCUAUCUCUUUCUCUUCUGUAGCACCUCUUAAAAGACACGAUGUUUUCAUAAGUUUUAGAGGUGAGGACACGCGCAACAGCUUCACAAGCCAUCUCUAUGCUGCCUUUCAGCAUAACAAGAUCCAAGCCUUCAUUGAUAACAGGCUUCACAAAGGGGAUGAGAUCUCUCCCUCUAUUUUUGAAGCCAUCAAACACUCAAACCUUUCUGUGGUUGUUCUCUCAAAGUACUAUGCUUCCUCCACAUGGUGCUUGCGUGAACUCGUCAAAAUACUUGAACUCAAGAAACGUGGUGGACACAUUGUGAUACCUGUGUUCUAUAAGAUUGACCCUUCCCAUGUAAGGAAGCAGACAGGAACUUAUGGGAUGGCGUUAGAAAAAUAUAAAAGAGAUGUUAAGCACAACAUGGCCUUGUUACAGAAAUGGAAAGCUGCUCUCAGUGAAGUGGCCGAUAUAGCUGGAUGGGAAUUAAAGAAUUUUAGGUAA